GGUGCAAGCAUCACUUUCAGAUGUUUUUGAUGACUUACUUAACUUACUAUGUGCUGGGACACCCCUGUACCUGGCAGAGUAUAGAGCUGGCCCAGUCACGUCACAGGAGACAGCGAAUGAGCGUCGUCAACGUGCAACACACACACAGCCAGCCGACAGCGAUGCAGCCAGGCCAGGAGGUCAGCACGGCCACGGGUGCGGGUGCCGGAGGAAUGGAAAAGCCAGAGACGCGAUAAUGGCAGACAAGAAACGAAGCGUGGUGUGGUGUUAUUUUUCACCAGUAGACAAAGCCACGGCACGGUGCGAACUGUGUGACAAACAAGUGCCACACAGCAGCAACACCAGCAAUUUAUUUAAACAUAUGAAGACCACACAUCCCGAGAGCCACAGUGAGCUGGUAAAAAGACAGGCUCACGCUGCUGUGAAAGAACCUGCACCGCCACCCGCAGCCCGGCAGAAGACCCUGCACGAAAGUCUGCAAAAAAGCCACGAGUAUCCAGGCUUCUCCUCGCACAUUUCCUAACCUAUUCUGACUGCUCGCCGUCUGUUCGCUGUUGCGAAAAAGGCUAAGUAUCGCUCUAUCUGUGUGCUUUUAAUUGUUCUACAGCUUUCUUUAUCACUUCUCAAACAUAUUUAGUGGUACUAUUUAACUUGCAAAUCACCCGAUCUCUGUCCCACCACCCUUUCCUCAGCUAGCUAGCUGCUAUGCUAGCGCGGAGAAAGGCAGCGCCGGUCAGAAGGUAAGUAGGAAGCUACUCCCGCAGACCGCGACCACUUCCCUGAGGACAGCAGGAACUUCACUCGGUGACAGAAAACACUGUGAGUAAUGGCUUCCUGCGCGUCUUGCACCAUACUCACGGAGAGGUUGGCUCUGCUAGAGGGCCGUGUCCGCAAGUUAGAGCAGAGUAAUGUCGUAACUUUAGAUGUUGCGGACACAUCUGCUAGCGUUAGCUGUAGCAAGCUAACUAGCCCAGCUUGUAGCAGUCCUAAGCGGCCUACAAGCUACGGUGUACCGGUUGAGACGCAUAAUAGAUUUAGCUCUUUAGCUAGUCCUACACCCCAGUCUACCGGGCACCACACCUUAGUCAUAGGGGACUCCAUCACCCGAAACAUAAAGCUUAGCAAACCAGCCACAGUAAAGUGUAUCCCCGGGGCCAGAGCACCUGACAUUGAAGCUAAUCUUAGGGAGCUAACUCGCAACAGGCCUAGUAAACACGUACGACAGGCUAAUCGCACCACUAAUUAUGCAAAUAUAGUUGUACACGUUGGCUCCAAUGACACUAGAAUGAGACAGUCAGAGAUUACAAAGAGAAACAUAGCCAGGACUUGUGAUCUCGCCAGAAAGAUGUCCAGGCAUCGAGUAAUUGUCUCUGGCGCCCUGCCUGCGAGAGGCAAUGAUGAGAGAUAUAGCAGAUUAGUCUCGCUUAACAAGUGGCUGGCUAGCCUCUGUAGGCAACAGGGACUAACGUUCAUUGAUAACUGGCCCUCUUUCUGGGGCAAACCAGGCUUGCUGAUGAGAGACGGCCUUCACCCUAACCAGGAAGGCGCCAUCAUCCUGUCUAGAAACAUAGACUACUAUUUAAGUCUCACUUGACUGACUACACUAGAGCAAGCCCGGUCACAGGCAAUUACAAUGUCUGUUAGUCCGGGUGAGGAGUCAGUUAAGCUAGAACUAGCCAGCGCCAGGCUGGAUAAUCCAUGUACGCAUAGCAAUUCUCUUAGAAUAAUACACAAUUCACAUAAUGUUUUUUCUGUUGUGUCUGUGUCAGAGGUGGACAUGCAUUCUACUGAGGUGGCAAAUUAUGAUAUGUCCAGUCUAUUGCAGCACCAAGCAAACAAUCGGAAAAUUCCCGUCAUAUCAAUUCCUAGAUAUGGUCGAAACUAUUUAAAGUGCACUACGCAUAAUAAACGCAACAUUGUUAAUAUUGCCACUACGGAUGAUCUUAACAAAAACUCGUCAAAACAGCCCAAUACCUAUAAUAUGGGCUUUUUAAACAUAAGAUCAUUGUCUCCCAAGGCGUUAUUAGUUAAUGAGGUCAUUAGAGACAACAAUCUUAACGUCAUUGGUCUUAGCGAAACCUGGCUCAAACCAGACACAUUUUUUGCGCUCAAUGAGGCAUCUCCUCCUAACUAUACGAAUGCGCAUGUUGCCCGUCCUCUUAAAAGGGGAGGGGGUGUCGCACUAAUAUACAAUGAAAAUUUAAACCUUACCCCUAACCUAAAUAAUAAAUAUAAAUCGUUUGAGGUGCUUACUAUGAGGUCUGUCACACCGCUACCUCUCGACCUGGCUGUUAUCUACCGCCCCCCUGGGCUCUAUUCGGACUUUAUCAGUGAAUUCUCAGAGUUCGUUGCUGAUCUAGUGACGCACGCCGACAAUAUAAUCAUAAUGGGGGACUUUAAUAUCCAUAUGAAUACCCCAUCGGACCCUCAGUGCGUGGCGCUCCAAACCAUAAUUGAUAGCUGUGGUCUUACACAAAUAAUACAUGAACCCAUGCAUCGCAACGGUAAUACAAUAGAUCUAGUGCUUGUCAGGGGUGUCACCACCUCCAAAGUUAUGAUACUUCCAUAUACUAAAGUAAUGUCCGAUCAUUACCUUAUAAAAUUUGAAGUUUUGACUCAUUGUCAACAAGCUAAUAAUAAUAAUAACUGCUAUAGCGGCCGCAACUUAAUGCUGCCACAACGAUGACUCUUGCUGACCUACUGCCUUUGGUAAUGGCACCAUUCCCAAAUUAUGUCGGCUCUAUUGAUAACCUCACUAACAACUUUGACGAUGCCUUGCGCGAAAUUAUUGAUAGUAUAGCACCGCUAAAGCAAAAAAGGGCCCCUAAAAGGCGCAUCCCCAUGGUUUACAGAAGAAAUUAGAGCUCAUAAAUUAUCAUGUAGAAAACUGGAACGCAAAUGGCGCGCGACUAAACUUGAGGUUUUCCAUCAAGCAUGGAGUGAUAGUUUAAUAACUUAUAAACGCAUGCUUACCUUAGCUAAAGCUAAAUACUACUCAAAUCUCAUCCGCCUCAACAAAAACGAUCCUAAAUUUCUGUUUAGUACAGUAGCAUCGCUAACCCAACAAGGGACUCCUCCCAGUAGCUCCACCCACUCGGCAGAUGAUUUUAUGAAUUUCUUUAAUAAGAAAAUUGAACUCAUUAGAAAGGAGAUUAAAGACAAUGCAUCUCAGCUACAACUGGGUUCUCUUAACACAAAUACGACUGUAUAUACGACGGACACUGCCCUCCAAAAUAGUCUCUCUAUUUUUGAUGAAAUAACAUUAGAGGAAUUAUUACAGCGUGUAAGUGGGAUAAAACAAACAACAUGUUUACUUGACCCACUUCCUGGGAAACUUAUCAAGGAACUGUUUGUAUUAUUAGGUCCAUCAGUGUUAAAUAUUAUAAACGUAUCACUUUCCUCCGGCACUGUUCCCCUAGCAUUCAAAAAAACGGUUAUUCAUCCUCUGCUCAAAAGACCUAACCUCGAUCCUGACCUCAUGGUAAACUACCGACCGGUCUCCCACCUUCCGUUUAUUUCCAAAAUUCUCGAAAAAAUUGUUGCACAGCAGCUAAAUGAACACUUAGUGACUAACAAUCUUUGUGAACCUUUUCAAUCCGGUUUCAGGGCAAAUCACUCUACGGAGACAGCCCUCGCAAAAAUGACUAAUGAUCUAUUGCUAACGAUGGAUUCUGAUGCGUCAUCUAUGUUGCUGCUUCUUGA